CAGGUAUACAUGAUGGCUGAUGGAUAGAAGUUUGGUUAGCAAUGAACGUGUGUUGAAGUUAAUAAAAACUAACACUUGCAACGUUAGUAUAUCAGAGUGUGUGAACAGACGUUAAAACGCAUGCUGUUGUAUAUGUAGUGACUGUUUUAGUCAGAAUAGUGUGUGCUUAUUUUAGCAUUGAAUGUCAAAUUAGCCUACUAAACAUGGUCCCUCCCUUUCGUAGAUUGAAUUCAUGUAUAUUUCCAACAUUUCUGCUGUUAUUAUCAUUAAAUAUUUUAUAACAUUUAUGGGACGAAUCUAGUGUAGGCCCCAGGCGUAACUAACUGCUGUACAUUGAAGAUAGAACUUGUUUUUGCUACAUUAACAUAUUUUGUCCUGGCCAUAUGUGAUUUGUAAAGGGAAGAAUGGUGAGAAGUACAUGGGCGCUAGACAUUUAGUAAUAGUAUAUAAUGACUGAAGUAGGCAAUUCCUGCAAGACUAAACCGAAAACUGAUAACUAUAUUUGUGUUGCAAAGGACAACAUUGUAGCAGAAAGGCUAGAUUUUGAUAUAAAUAAAAAUGUAAAGAAUAAAGAAGUUGAUAGGGUAAUUCGACUUGGGUCACUUGUAGAAGUUAUAUCCAAAAAACACGGUAGUGAGAAAGUGGCAGUACGACUUAUUGAUGAAAGGUCUUUGGAUGAAGGGUCAGAAGAUGUAUGGUUAUGUUCCAAGUUUCAUUUGCUGCCUGUGGAUCCUGUUAUGUUGACUUCAAUCAUAGCUGUGUUUGAGCCCUCUCUUCGAAUUACACUAUUGCAAAACGAACACAUUUUUCGUGAACUGGCAGCAAUAGAAGUUGGGAGAAAAGUGAUGCUUCUCUCUGAAACUCAGGAUUCAAGUUGGGAGCCAGAGCUGGCUGUGGUCCGGUACAAGGGUCCAGUUCCAGAGAUGGGACAUGGUACCUAUUAUGGUCUUGAAAUUUUGGUUCACAGCACUCAAGGUAAAAAUGAUGGAUGCAUUUUUGGCAAGCGAUUCUUUUAUUGCCCCAACAAUGCUGGUGUUUUUGUUGCCUUGAACAGGCUUGUGCCAUACAAGAAUCCAAAAGUUCUGAACCUUGGCAAGUCCUUAGAGAACAGUGAAAUUUGUUCUGAAGCUACAGCCAUUCCAUCCAAAUUAUCCAUGCCAUCCAAUGAGCGAAGGUUGCAUCAGAAUGGAGGGAGCCAUGAUGUGGGUAACUUCAAAACAACCCUUGUACUUCAUCUGAAGGAGAAGGAAUGCAUUCCUAGGAACAAUAAAUCACUCAAGCUUGAGAAAACUGAAAAAUUGAUUGAUCUGGAUGUUACUGGAGAAAGUGUUGACCCUGGUAAUGUGCCACUUAAAGUGGGUGAUCAGGUUGUGUGGAUCUUAGAUACCCAACCUGAACAAGGUGUUGUUCGUUGGCUUGGCCAUCUCGAUGGUCAUACAUUGAAGAGUGACUUGAUGGCUGGAGUUGAAUUUGAAAAACCUAUUGGAAAUAGUUCUGGUACAUAUAAGAAACAGCAAUUCUUUCACACGAAGAAGAAUCAUGGGCAAUUCAUACCUCUGAUGAGUCUUGUGAAAGCAGAAGAUUUCUUUGGAUCACCUUCUGCAGAUCUUGUAAAAAAGAAAGUGAAAAAUAUCAAGUUGAUUGAAAACUGUAAUAAUUUGAAACCCAGUCACAGCAACCCGCCCACAAGUUCAUGGAAAUCAGAUGCCCUUCGAAGGGCUCAGUGCUCAGAAUCAUUUCUGUGGAGCCCUCAUUUAGUGGAACUAACAGAUAAUGCUACAAAGAACUCUCAGUCCAGGGAGGAUUUGACACUUGAAGAUGGUUAUGACAACAUCUCAGACAUACAUGUGAGGACAGGAUAGCCAAACCGACGGAAGGAAAGAUACGG